UCGAGCUCCCUGGCCAGGUUACCAUGCUGGCGGGGCGGCCUGCUGCGCUCGAGGGGCUCUCCGUGCCCCCACUGCACCGCCCCCCGGAGGAGGGGUGCUGGGUGUCUGGGUGUCUACUCCUGCCUGUCUCUGCAGCAGAGCUUAGCAGAGUUCUCGGUCGGAGAAGCGCACCAGGCAGCGGCAAUAACUGCGGGCCCGGCGUACGGCAGCCAUCUUCGCGGGGCAGGGGGCCAGAUCGGGGCGCGCUGGGGUGGCGGCGGCGGCCGGGGACUCGGGGAGUGGAGGGACGCCCGUUGCCAGCCGAAGCAGGGGAUUAUGCGAACACCGGAGCGUCAGCCCUACGGGAGACCCCGGACGCCGCUGCGGUGCUGCCCCCUCAGCUGCGCAAACCUGCGCCGACGCGCCGAGCAUGCGCAGUGUCGGUGCUGCCCGUGUGCGCUGCCCGGCCACCUAGUCCCGCGGGCUGCCUCGUGGUAGGCUAGGGGUUGCGGACCUACUGUAUGCGCGCGCCUGACGCUGGGUGAGGCUGCCCGGGUGCCGAACCUCAAGCUCAACCCGCGUGUUGGGCUAAGUGAACACUUAAGCGAACUUGAACAAGCACUACCUCAAAAAUGUUUACAACCCAAAUUUAGGGGUGGGCCCCUAAAGCAAGCCGCCCUGAGAAGCAUCGAACUGGACGCUUGGGACAGUCGCAACAAAGUCCUCGGAGCCUCUGGCUAGAGUCCCGCGCCAAGAAUGCGGGAAAACAAACUUCUCAACAGUCACAGUUGUUAUAACGACUAAAGUUUUUGAGAGCACAGACAGACUGGAGGUUGAGGAAAAGACACGCUUUGGUGCCCAGCAGGAGGAAAGAGCCCACGCAAGGCACGUCUCACUACAGAUCCCAUAAUGCAGUGAGAGAAGGGCUUGCGACUCCAUAGCCCUGAAACCCAAGUGCCGUGGAGACGGCGCCCGCGAGGCACUCUGGGAUUUGUAGUCGGCCUCUCAGGUUUGAGCACCGGAACUUACACUUGGUCCUCCGCCCCCCCUCUUAAAGCCCAUACUACCUUAUUUCUUCUCAAGUGAAUGUACUUGUUUAUCAGGUGAUACUUUGUUUUUACACAAUUUAAAUCUUUU